UUUUCAAAGGAAAUAAACAACAAAAAAUAAAAACCUACACAAAAGCGAAAAUCAAAAGCAGCUGUCAGUAAAUAUUCACGCAAAAAUUUUGAUAGAGUUAAUUUUUUAAUUUUCCAAAGAAAAUGAAGCCAUCCGGUAAUCCACAUACGAUGCCGUUGCCAUCGAAUGUCCCCUGGAAAUGGGAAUGUAUGCCUUGGUCCAUGACUUCUGCAAUGCAGCAGCAAAAUGGUGUUGUGCAGUUUUCCGCUCCACAUCUAGUCCUGGAUCCUACAACAAGACGUACCCAGAAUCUGCAUAAACGAAAAUCAAAAAUGAUUCCUCCAUUGCCUAACAAACAGUUCUUCUCCGAAGAAAAAGUUAUUGCCCAUUUCAGUGGAAUGCACAUAUCCCGAAACUAUACCGAACACAAUGCUGGCAGUAGCACAAGCGCCGCCGGCUCCUUCAAUCCAUCAUCAAUGGACUUUGAUUUUAACAAUCCAAUUACACAAAAAGAACUCGAAGAAAAACUCAAGAAUGCCAACCGAAUAACUGUGUGCGAUGAAAUCAAAAAAUUACAUGCCGUUCAUUCCAGUUUUAUGCCUGCUGCAUUAAUGCAAAAUAGAAUAGAGCAACCAUGCACAGCUUUGGUUUUAUGGACUCCGCCACCUAAGUUAGAAGAUCUAUUACCCGAAGGAACCAAUCCCAAACCCCAGAACAAUAAUUUAAUUGAUUUGGACUCUCCUGAAGAUGAUGAAGAUGAGCUAGACAAUAACAAUUUUAUUAACUCUAACAUGAACACCAUGGAAGCAUCCACGGCAGAUGGCAUGGACACAGAUUUGUAGUAACCGCCUUCGUAUGUAACUUUCAGCCUAAUAUUUGUGAGAAAAAAGUAUCUAACAAGUAGUGAUAACAAGAAACAAAAUAAAACAAAACAAUUUUAAGUGAAAUUCGAGAGGAGAUGAUAAUGAAAAAAGUCCUACUACAGAAUCGUAUCGUAAUUGGAAUUCUCUUACGAAUAUUUAAAAAUCAUACACAAAAAGUUAAACUUUGCCUUUAUUUUCAAGAUUUUUAAUCGGAAUUCCAAUUGCGAGAAUUCAAAUAUUGAAUAGACUCGUGGGAUGGGUCGACUUAUCAAGACUUAUUGUGUUAUGUUUCCUUUUUUUUAUAAUAUUAAAUAUAUCUUUAUUAUGUAUUGUCGUUAGUUUUAGUUUGUCAAGAAAUAUAUCUAUAUUAAUAGAGAA